AUGGCGACCGAGACACGACUGAACCAAAUCGUCAAAGGCGCCCCUCCAGCCGACAUCAAACCACCUUCAACCGCACCGCUCCCUGGGCUCGGGAAAUCUUCCCAGGCCGAGAAAUACAGUCCCGACCCUCUCCUCUCGACACUGCCUUCAUCCCCGCCACAGAUCUACUUGAAUCUCCUGAUCCUCGAAUCCUCCCUACGCGCACAAUACCUGCACCUAGUCGGCCGGAGAAGACUGAACACAUUUUUCUCACUCCUGUUGGCGCUAUGGAACGGAUUCUUUUUCUACGCCCUGUUCCUGCGGCCGCGCGAGGACGGCACCGGCCUCGGCGGGUCGGUAUACUGGGUAGUCGAGAUGUCGGAAAAGCUGGCUUUGAUGGGCGGAGUCGUGACGAUCCUGUUGGUAUGGGGAACGGGACAAUGGGAACGGGGGAUCCGCUGGCCGCGGAAAUGGCUGGGCACGACGAACCGCGGACUGCGCGGGUUCAACCUUCGCGUCGUGGUGAUUCGGGGCAAACUGUGGCGCGAACUGCUGGGCCACCUAUCCUUUCUCUUGCCUCUGCGCAUAUUCCGCGAAGCAGGCGGCUUCGACUGGCACAUGGUGGAGCACGAGGACGGCACGGUCGUGGAAGAAGACCUGGCCAAGGGCGGCGACCACAUCAUGCUCCUGCUGCUCCCGAAGUCGUUCAGUCCGGAAUUCCGCGAGAACUGGGAAGAAUACCGCACCGAGUACUGGGAGAAAGAGAACGAGCGUCGCGCAGGCCUGCGGAGGAAACUCAAUGUCCUGCGCCGCGCCCGGGCAAAGGAGAUGGGCGGGUGGAAGUGGUGGACCGGCGUCUGGCGAUUCACGUCUCAUCGAUAUGCACGACGGCAUCAUGAUCUGGAGAAGCAUCCCCAGGGCCACCAGCAGCAUUCUCAUUCCCAUUCGACCCGCAAUCCUAUGGCGAGCGGGAGUGGCGCAUCCGAAAAGGAUCCGACUUUGCUCGCGGCGCGAGCCAAUAGACGUCGGCCGGGUCUCGAACAGGCCGACUCGCUAGGCAGUCGCAGCACCCAUUCGUCCCGUUCGUCGACGCCCCAUCUCGAGUUCGAUGGGAGUAUCGAGCGCCCCAUGCUAUCGGAACGCGUCCGGCGCGGUAGCAGCGUCAGCAGCACAGCCAGCGUGCGGCGCAAGCCCACCACCAAGGAGCGCAAAGAGCCGCAUCAUCAUCACCAUCACCACCGGGACAGCGGGAGUGUGGCGUCAGCUGCAUCGGGGGGCCCUGUAGGCACAGGGUUGGGAAUGAGUCCGUUGACAACCUCGUCUCUGGCUGCCGAUGUUGGAGAAGACAAAGACGAGCGUGAGGAGCGUCGACGGCGGCGGCGAGAGCGGGCUGCGGCGACGCGCGAAACCAAGAAAGAGCGAGACCAGCAGAUGGAACAGGCCAGCGUUGGAGCUGCAGGCGAGGGCGAGGGAGCGAGUAGUUCCCCCAGUCCUGCUAUCACUCCGGAAUGGAUGAGCUAG